GGCCUGGCGCGGCCGCGCGCCUCCCGGUUCGCCGCCUCUGCAGGCGCCCGGCGGCCGCGGGCUUCAAGCCCCCAGCGCUAGCCCGCCUAGUCCGUGCUCGUAAGAAGGCCGCCGGGUACCUGCAGGCGGGUUGUCCCUGUUUCGAGCUGUCAUCCGGGGCUGGAGCGUCAGCCUCCGCCCUGACAUGUCAUCUAGAAACAGCUUUCUUGGUUGUUGUUGUUGUUGUUGUUUAUGUUGAAGCUUGAGAGGCUUUCUGUGCGGUCAGCGCCCCCAAACACGCUCUUCUGUAAACAACGCAAACCAAGGGUUGUGAAGUGUGGUCAGUUGCGUGCUGUCCACGCUCCUGAACUCUUGUUUCUAUAGGUAACAUAAACCAGUAGUUGUGAAAUUGGGAGAUCCCUUUGGUAGCCUCCAAAGUGUAAAAUUUGGCAGGGAUUUUCGCUCAUUCAGUUGCUUGGGAACAGGUUUGGCUGAAAGCAACAGUGUUCAUCUCCCAACAGAACCUUUUCAUAGAACCUUCUGGUAUAUCAAUGCUAAUAAUGUAAUUAAGUUAACUAUACAGUAAUGAUUAGAAUUAAAGAGAAACUCAAGUGUUAGACACUGAAGCUUUUGAGUCAUUGAAAGCUAAGGAGGAAGGGGAAAAAAUUAAACUAUUGCUACAUUAUAUUGCCUGACUAAUCAUACUUUUUUUUGCUGCUCAAUUUUAAUGCCUGAAGAUAAUCCUGAAUUUACUAUAGCUCUGUAGUGUUUAAUUAUAAAUAUAACGUGUAAAUGGCUUGGCUGUGUAACGUGAAAGUUUGUCAACUAAAUUAUUUACAUGAUUUGCCUAUUUUUAAAAAAGACUUCUUCAGUUUUAUUUUUCUUCAUAAAACGUACUAACAGGUUAUAAAUUUAGUUGGCCCUCUCCAUCUCCUCCCAGAUUCACCUUCCUGAUCCCUGUCCGCUCAUCUUUGUGUCUUCAUUUUGAUUGUUUUAUUAAUUAAAACAUAGUUACCUCAUUUACUCCCCUUCCAAUAUUCUCAGAAUCAUCGCCUCUUUCUCAUUAUUAUCCUUAUGCAUGUGUGCAAAUAAUGCAGAGAUGCUUACUGUAGAAGUCUGUUGAAUGUUGCUUAUAUGCAUAGAUUUAUAGGACUGACCAUUUGGCGUUGUAUAACCAUUUAGUGGGCUUGGGCUUGUCCUUAUUGGAAUACUGAUAAUUUCUUCAAAUCUUUGAAAUUGUAAUUAAUUUCCUGUAUCUAUUAAUUUAGAUUUUAGAGCUUUGUCACUGUUAAUUAAAUACAGUUGGAUGUGUUUGGAGUAGUCAGCUAAUGUACAACACCUAGGCUUAAGAGAAAAGCCGCCCAAUAGUUUCCUUAGACCUUCUACAGCCUCCCCACAUAAUAAGUGAAAGUUCAAGGCAGACACUAGGAGAGAUGUCAGAAGACUCAGAGGAGGAAGACUAUUCAGACAGAAGUAUCAGCGAUGAUGAUGAAUCGGAUGAGGUUGCGUUUGUGAAAUUUGUAAGCGAUGAUAUUCAUCGGUGUGCAGUACUAGCAGAUUCUAUUGGUGACCCAUUCUUCCCUCGAACUACACAGAUUUUAUUGGAGUAUCAGCUAGGAAGAUGGGUACCACGCCUCCGUGAACCACGGGAUUUAUAUGGUGUCUCUUCUUCUGGUCCACUGAGCCCAACACGGUGGCCAUACCACUGUGAGGUCAUUGAUGAAAAAGUCCGGCAUAUUGAGUGGACUCCUUUUUUUCCUGAGCCGGUAUAUGUCCCGACGGGCAUGGAAAUAGAACCUGUUUACCCAAACUCCAAGGAAGAUACUGUGGUUUAUCUAGCUGAAGACGCCUACAAAGAGCCCUGUUUUGUGUAUUCCCGCGUUGGGGGUAACCGGACGUCCUUGAGACAGCCUGUGGACAACUGCAAGGACACUUUGGUGUUCGAAGCGAGGUUUGAGAGUGGUAAUCUACAGAAGGUAGUCAAAGUGGCAGAUUAUGAAUAUCAGUUGACUGUGCGCCCAGACCUCUUCACAAAUAAGCAUACUCAGUGGUACUAUUUCCAGGUCACUAACACCCAAGCAGAAAUAGUCUACAGAUUCACUAUUGUCAACUUCACCAAGCCCUCUAGUCUUUACAAUCGGGGUAUGAAGCCACUGUUCUAUUCUGAAAAAGAGGCCAAAAUCCAUAACAUUGGCUGGCAGAGAAUAGGAGACCAAAUCAAGUAUUAUAAAAACAACCUUGGACAAGAUGGGCGCCACUUUUUUUCUCUUACGUGGACAUUUCAGUUUCCACAUGGCAAGGAUACUUGCUACUUUGCUCACUGCUAUCCAUACACUUACACCAACCUUCAAGAAUACCUCUCUGGCAUCAACAGUGACCCAGUAAGAUCGAAGUUCUGUAAAAUACGUGUCUUGUGCCACACGCUUGCUAGGAAUAUGGUGUAUGUCUUGACAAUCACUACUCCCUUGAAGAACAGUGACUCAAGAAAGCGCAAGGCUGUGAUUUUGACUGCAAGGGUUCACCCAGGAGAGACCAACAGCUCUUGGAUCAUGAAAGGCUUCCUAGAUUAUAUUUUAGGAGACUCGAGUGACGCACGGUUGCUUCGGGACACUUUCAUCUUCAAGGUGGUGCCCAUGCUGAAUCCAGAUGGUGUGAUCGUGGGAAAUUACCGCUGUUCCUUAGCUGGACGGGAUUUAAACCGUAAUUAUACAUCUCUCCUGAAGGAAUCUUACCCUUCUGUUUGGUAUACAAGGAACAUGAUCCAUAGGUUAAUGGAGAAACGAGAAGUUAUUUUAUAUUGUGAUCUUCAUGGCCAUAGUAGGAAACAGAACAUUUUCAUGUAUGGCUGUGAUGGUAGCAACAGAUCUAAAGCAAAGGGAUUAUACUUACAGCAACGAAUCUUCCCACUUAUGCUGAGCAAAAACUGCCCAAAUAAAUUUUCCUUCUCAGCUUGCAAGUUUAACGUUCAGAAGAGCAAGGAAGGGACAGGAAGGGUUGUGAUGUGGAAGAUGGGCAUCAGGAACAGCUUCACACUGGAGGCCACCUUCUGCGGAUCUACUCUUGGUAAUAAACGAGGCACCCACUUCAGCACAAAAGACUUAGAGUCAAUGGGAUAUCAUUUUUGUGAUUCUCUAUUGGACUACUGUGAUCCUGACCGGAGCAAGUAUUUUAAGUGCCUGAAAGAAUUAGAAGAAAUGGAAAAACGUAUGAACUUGGAAAGAGGCCUUGAUGAUUCAGAUACUUCUCUAGUAGAAAUAUCAAUGGAUGUGGAGUCUAGCAGUCGAGGCUCUGACAGUUCAGAGUCCAAUGACACUCCGACUUAUCUUCUCAAGUUGACCUCUCAGGCAAAAAACAAGAAAAAGUAUCUGAAAACAAAGAGGGAAAGAAAUGCCACCUUAGCAAAGCGCUGGAAUCACGCAAGAGAGGUUUAUGGUAAAGAACAUUUGCUCCAAAGACACGAAGAAUCAAAUUCUGAUGUGAAAGAUCCAAGGCCAACUGUACCAGAUGUUUAUGUGGCUCACUGUUUCAGAAGACCAUUGCCUAAUCAAAGCUUGGAGUCACAUCAUGAAUUGAAGAGCAAAGUAAAAAGAUGUGUAUCUUUCCAAAGCAAGAGGACCGGCACAAAUUGGACAGAUGAUGAAAAAAGAUUCUACAGGGAUAAAAGAAUAGCUCAGACCCAGGAAAUACUACAGUAUUUACUCCCUAUCGUGGAAUCCUCUAAAAGCAUGAAAUCUACUCAAAUGAAAGACCUAUUCACUCCAGGAGCUGACUUCCAGCAACAUCAACUCGUUCCAACUGCUUGCAUAAAUAUAAGAAGAUACAGCACACCGUGGACACCAACCAGAAAGUUCCUUUUGAAAACCGGAAGGAAUCUUGUGACAGAUACCUCAGAAUGGCUCCACCCUGUGCCCCAGAGAUCACUAGAAUGUUUAUCAUCCCUCUGCCGUUUGCAGAAGAGGAAAAAACAUUCUGAACUCUGGGCCAGACACACUGUAGCUAUGAUGCUCCCUAGCAGCAAAGGGGAGACUAUUCCCUCACGUCCUAAAAUGGAUGCCAAUGCUAUCAGUGGUAAUGGUCUUCAGCCUGCAGAAUCCAUCCUGAAGAGCUCUGAGCAGAUAGUUCCUCAUCUAACUAAAAGCAACAAGAAGCCAAAUGAGAGUGACGGCCCUCUCACCUUGCGUCUGAAGUUCCAAGGCAACAGUUAAUCAAGCUGAAAGUGUGUCUGGGAACUGUGGCUGAUGGAGAUGCUCCGACACAGUAAAAUCAGCAGCCCCGCCCUGCACUGCCUGCCUGCCCUGCCUGCCUGCCCUGCCUGCCUGCCCUGCCCUCUUCACACGCAUAUGUGGGUAUCAACUACAGAUUUUACCAAUUCCAUCUUCCUUAGAUGAAACAUCUUUCAGAGACUUUAAAAAUCCAGAGGAAAUAUAGAAAAGUUAAAAAACACAUAUAUUUAAUUUGUAUCAACAUGGGGAAAAAGCUUGAAAUUUUUGAUUUCUUGCAAAAUUAUGUGUGUAUAUAACAAAAAAAAAACUAAGACUUGAAGAAAGGAAGAAGAUGCUAUUAAUGAUUUAGUCACUUUGAUGAGCCAGCAGCCAUUUUCUGUGUCUCUUUUAUACAGUGUGCUAGAAACAGCACGGGAGAAAUAAACAGUAUUUCUCCCUUCUAGAAGAGCAUCAUAUAAUUGUUCCCAUGAGCACACAUGAUAGCUGGGCAUAGGGCAUAUGAUAGUAAUCCCAGAACUUGGGAAGUAGAGGCAGAAGGAUCAGGGAUCCAGGAUUUUAAAUGUUGGGCAACAUUUAAAAGCAGCAAGAUAAAUAUUAAUAAUAACUGAAUAGUAAACAGUAAUUUGUGUGCCUCCAAUUAAUGAAAUAGCAUAUAUUACAAGAUGUUAAUUGCACAGAUCAAAAGGUGGAACCAAAUAACAUGGAAAUAUAUUAUGGUUUCAAAGUCAUUUUACCUCUCAUAAUUAAGCAAAGUUUUAAAAGAUUAGAAAUCCCUUUUCUCCUAGAUCAGCAAGUGCACGCCUCCAGCCUUUCACUCAAGUGGGUAUUUCAGAAGUAAGUCCUAGUGAGCAGUCAGGCUGUGGGGCAGGUGGUACACGCUAUACUCCCAACGGCUUAGGAGCCUGACUCAGAAAGAUCAAAAGUUCAAGGCUUGCCUGGGCGACAACGUGAGUUCAAGAGUGGUCUCAGCAAACUAAUGACUGCUGUAUCCAAACAAAAGACUGAAACAGCACAGAGGGAAACGGAGGGUGAGCUCGGUGACAGAGAACUACCUGCCGAGUGUGGGGAGACCCUAGUUCACACGCCAGAAUCACCCGAAAAUAAAAAUAAUACAGUGCGUACAAGGAGGGAUUCCCGCAACAUGUGCACAGGAGUAAGUGUAGCAAGGGCGUCAGUCAGAACGAAGGCGAGCGAGUGAGGAAGCAGCCCACCAGGCCUGGGACUAGAGAGGCACGGGAGACAUGACACAGGUCUAAGCAGGAUAAGGAGGUUCGCGGUCAGUGUUUCUAGUAGCCGAAAGGGACUUGAGAGCUCACUGCUGUGUUAAGAGAAUAAAUGCUAUUUGUAGGGAACGUUGACCAUAAACUUCCUCGCGAACCCUUACACAUGGUAGGGAGCAACUGUGUUUCUCAGUAAGAAGGACCAUGUUUGGAGGGCGGGUAGGAAUUUCUUUCCUGGGAAUUCUUACCCUGGUAACUGACACCAUGGCGGAGUACGAGCUCUCAGAGUCAGCUUGCCCUGUUCUCGUAGACCGGGGAAAGCUAAACUGCAUGCAAACCUAAAUCUUUAAAUUGACGUUUGUUCUUUGAAACUUGGGUUAUAUGAAAGUUUGAGACUACAGACUCUGGAGUUGAGUAUCUUUGCGUAUAACCACAGUAACAUGCUGGCUUCUUUGAGUGUGCGAGCGGAGGUGUGCGGAAGUGUCUCCUUGAUCAUCCCACCACUGUCCUUUCCCUUAUAACCCCCUAUAUUAUAUCAUUUUUAUAAUGUCAGACUACAUUCUUUACUUUGGUGUGUGUGGGGAUCUGUGAACCUCGUGCAGCGCUGAGUCAUGGAUGCCACCGUACACAUGAAGUCAGAAGACAAUUCGCUGGCUUCCGUUCUCCUACCACAUGGGUGCAGGGAUGGUACUCAGGUGGUCAGGCUUGGCAGCAAGUGCCCGUACCCACUGAACCAUCUAACAAGCCCUCCCCUUGUCUCUUGUUUGCCACAUGUGGAGUACAAGAAUAUAUGUGGACCAUUUUCACACUCUGCUUUUCACAUUAUAAUAUUUAACUUUGAAUUUUCUAAGUAUGUCAUUCUUCCAUAAAGGCCAUUCUGUCUGCUCUUUAUCAUAUAAGCCUAGCAAUACAACUGGAAAGCCUCUACUACUCCUUGAAAAUUUAACUCAAAUGUACCCUUCUCUGGAAUUCCUCCAUUAGAUCUUCCGGGAAUUUAUAGUAACUAGGUUAAUAUGCCAAGGCUUGGAGUGGACUAAGUGGGCGAUGUGAGAAAGGAUGGGUAAUACAGAGAGCUGUGAACUCUUAAGAAACAAAUGGAACGGCUCAGAACUCAGAACUAAUGAAUGCCGAGCUCUCCCAUCACUUAGGUACAGGUGAAUCUUUUCUCCAUUUAGGAUGAUGUUGGCUGCGGGCCUGUCGUACACAGGCUUUAUCCUGUUGAGCUAGUUUCCUUCGGCCCUACUCUGACUAGGACUUUUAUCGUGAAGGCAUGUUGGAGUUUUUCUGCACCUAUUGAGAUGAUCAUAUGAUUAUUGUCUUUAAGUCCAAUUUUAUGACUUAUUAUAUUUACUGAUCUAUAUAUUAUUUUCUUUCCUUUAAUUCCUACUCAGGUUUUUUAUUAUUUUUUCCAUCUACUGGAUUUGGGGCUUAUUUGUUCUUGCUUUUCUAAAUUCUUAAGCUGCAUCAUUUAUUUCUGUUCUUUCUGAUUUCUUAGUGUAGGUUCUUAGAACUGCAGUUUCCCUCUAAGACUGCUUGUAAAGUGCCCCAGAGGUCCUACUGGGGCGUGGCCUCUUACACUAUAUACAGGGAUGCAGAGCUUGCACCCGCCUCUUUUCCCCUCCCUUUCGCCCGCUGCUCGGUCGGAUUGUUGGAUUGCGGAAUUCGAUCUCUGUCCACCGUUCAAGCAGAGAAUCCUGAUUUGUGAGUUUACCCCUAAAUAAAUAUCUCUUUCUCAAUUCUGAGCUAGGGUGAGAUUUCUUUUAAGAGUCCGUUUCAUCACUCAUUCAGACUGCUUUUUGGCCCCUUUAUCACUCGGCAACAUGUUGUUUUAACUGCUGUACGUUUGUGUAAUUACUAGAGACUCACUUGCUAGAC